UUCUUAUUAUUUUUUAGUUAUUUUUCUUGUUGUAUAAAUAAAUAGCAUAUAAUAAUAACUUUAUCUACAGAUCAGUUAAUUGACGGGACAGCUUUUUUGGAAUUAACUGAAAAAGAUCUUAUAGAGCUACAUAUAAAAAUGGGACCAAGAAAACGCCUGCUAAAAUAAAUGGAGUCCGUAAAACCCAAAGAGACGGUCAAUACUGUGUUUCUUGUGGAUAACAAUGGCUUUCUUACAUUAGCGGACGAAAAUAAUAUAGAGAAAUUUCCUACAUUCAUUGAAGGACAUCCUCUAAACAUCGCAAGUACAUUAAAUGAUAAUAAUCAAUCUCAACCAUCUACAUCAUCAGCUCAUUGUUCAUCUGCACCUUCAAAAUCACUACAAAUAUUUUCAAGAUAUGGUACUGUUAAAGCAACUUUACUUAACCAUCCGCAAGGUUCAGGGAUAUUGAAGUCUACUAAAAACUCUUGGAAUGAAGAAAAUCGGAAGGCUUUAGUACGAAUUAUGGUGGCUGAAUUAAUAAAAUGUCAUUCACACUAUCCUCCCAAUGAAUCAAAGUAAGCACUUGCCAAGGCAAUAAUUACUAAAUUCCCAUCACUCAAGGACAAAGCAAGAAAUCUUGGAUAUAAACACUUUUAUACUGAAAAUUCUGCAAAUAAUCGAGGCUUUAUUGAAAACCGUUUGGCACAAACUCGGAAAAAAAUCCACAAAC